AUGGCCAAUGAUCUCAAUAACCGCGGAGGUCUGCCAGAACAGCCUGAUUUGAAUGGCAUUAAUACAACCGCACCAACGGUCGUUGCCAUUUCAAAUAGUGGUGCUAGCACGACUUCGUCCGCUUCUCCUACUACCGCCCCCACGACUUCACAUUCGCUUUUCGAGCACAACGCUCCUUUCCUCCAUUCCAACGAUCAGGUUGGUUCCACUGAAAACAUUAAUUCCGAAGAAGAAAAUAAAGAGGAGAUUAUUGCAGAAGAGCCGAGCGAUGUUUCUGGAUCUCAACUUACCCUUAGAGCGCUGGUAACUACUAAAGAAGCUGGCGUUAUUAUCGGAAAGGCUGGUAAGAAUGUUGCCGAACUCAGAGAAACCACUGGUGUCAAGGCUGGCGUUUCCAAAGUCGUGCAAGGCGUUCAUGAUAGAGUUUUAUCCGUCGCGGGUACUCUAGAAGGAGUGUCAAAGGCAUACUCUUUGAUUGCACAAACACUCCUUGAGAAUCCUGUGAAUGCAAGUCCAAGUUCUACUCCAAUUACUCCACCACCAAAUGCAUUUACUUCUAUCCGUUUGCUCAUAUCUCAUAAUUUAAUGGGGACUAUUAUCGGCCGUCAAGGACUUAAAAUUAAACACAUCCAAGAUACAUCUGGAGCUAGGAUGGUUGCAUCAAAGGAAAUGUUGCCCCAAAGUACCGAAAGAGUUGUAGAAGUUCAAGGAACUGUCGAGGCAAUUCGUGUCGCUGUAUGGGAAAUCGGUAAAUGCUUGAUUGAAGACAAUGAACGCGGCAUUGGUACCGUAUUAUACAACCCUGCUAUUCGCGUUACUUCAAGUUACUCGACUUCACGACGUAGCGAUUACACUACCCGUACUGGCAAUGGAACAGAUUUCACUCGUCCAUCUCGUAACAACACAAAUAACACCAACGGUAGCAGUGAAUAUCCUACUAGUCGCCGUCAAUCAAGCACCAGUAAUAACUAUGAUCCUGCCAAUGUUCGUAUUCAAAAUAUUUCCAUUCCUGCCGAUAUGGUUGGUUGUAUAAUUGGAAAGGGAGGAUCGAAAAUUUCCGAAAUUCGUAGGCUCUCUGGUUCUCGUAUUAGUAUUGCCAAGACUCCGCACGAUGAAACUGGAGAACGUAUGUUCACAAUUAAUGGAACGCCUGAAUCCAAUGAAAAGGCACUGUUUUUAUUAUAUAAUCAGCUCGAAAAUGAAAAAGAACGUCGCUUAAAUGCAUCUGCCAACGGCGGGGAUUCAGACGCAUAG